UGGCGUAAAAGUAAACGUUGCUAGAAUUAUAAUAAAGUACUUAAGUACAGUAAAUUAAGUAUUUGUACUUUGUACAACACUGUAAACACACAUGCACUUGUCUUGGUGUCAAACGCAAUAACAGUGGGGGGCCGAAAUUAAAAACUGUAUCCAAGUCGAGGGCCAGAUGAACUAAAAGUUCAGAACAAAUGAUUUUCCAAUGGCCAUUUCCAUCUGAUUAUCUUAUCUGCAUCUAAAAAAAGAUUUAUUUUACUAACCCAAAGCCAGGUAACUUGAUAAGUGUGGCAACAAAAUCAGUGGGCAAUGGGAAAAAAGCAGAGGGAAGACAUCACAUGUUAUCUCUCGCGGGCCGAAUAAAACUGCAUGGCGGGCCAGAUGUGGACCACGGGCCUCGAGUUUGACACCUGUGCUUCACACUCACUGACAAUGUCAUUUUACCCAAACCACAGUCAUAAGAAAUAAACAAAUACAUAAAUAAAUAACCUAUAACCUGAAAUCACACACACUAUCAAUUCUUUAGCAGCCCAAUGAGGGAGUGGGAGGAGGCAGUGAACAGGGAAGUGAUAAAGAGAGGGAGAGAGAGAGAGAGAGGUGGGAGGGAGUAUGAGUAUGUGCGUGUAUGAGAGAGAGAGAGAGGUUGAUGAAAGGAGCUGUACAUGGAGCCCUGAGAUUUCCUCCUUCUGGAUGCUGCCUCCCCUCUUCAUGGCUUUGUCCCUCCGUUGCUCCGUCACCCUGCGCGUGUCCCCGGGAGCGGGCACCGGUGCACAGACAGCAGAGGAUGAAUCAGCCCCGACAAAGAGGCUUCUUUGAGACAGCGACGACGAUGAUGAUGAUGAUGUUGGCGAUGAUGAUGAAGGUGGCGGUGGUGGUGGUGGUGGCGGCAGAGCGCGCUUCCGCUCCUGCCUGGAGGGAGGAACGCGUCAGGCUUUCCCAGGCAAGCGGCAGCCUGCACUGCGCGCUUGCAUGAGAGCCAGCUCUCCUCCUCCUCCUCCUCCUCCUCAUCGCUGUGUGUGUGUCAGAGGAGCAGCGUGUAUGUACGUGAGUGAGUGUGUGGAUGUGUGUGAGUGUUGUAUAAUAGUGUGUGUGAGUGUGUAUGUGCGCACCCUCGCUUCCAAUCCCUCCUGGAGGAGAGAGGUUCUCCUCUUCGCUGGUUCGCAAGGGACAUUUUGAAGUGGGCGGGGUGCCGUCCCCGUGGACGUGAGGAUGUUUCGCAAGAAGAAAAAGAAGAGGCCCGAGAUAUCGGCGCCCAAGAACUUCGAGCACCGCGUCCACACGUCGUUUGACGCCAAGCACGGCUGCUUUGUGGGCCUUCCGAUGCAAUGGCAGAGCCUGAUAGAGAACCUGCGCAGGCCCAAACCCAUGGUGGACCCCUCCAGGAUCACAGAGGUGGAGCUGAGGCCAAAGAAGACUAUCGUGCGCGGGAGCAUGAUCGGUCACGGCGACUACAUCGCGGCUAUGAUCAGCGACAUGAGCCGUCUGUCUGUGACCAGCUCCAACUCUCUGAGGAAGAGCAGUCCCUCGGCCAGGAAGAGGGCACAGUCUCUGGGGAGACUGGGGGAGGUGAACGAGGCGGACGUCUAUCAGUACGAGAGCUUGACACAGGACGGCGAGGACGACGAGGACGACGAGCAGGAUGAGUGGAGGGGCAAGGCCAGGAACAUCCACAGUGAGACCAACACGCCUUACCUGGGCAUGAAGAAGAGCAUCACUCUGCAGCCCAAUGGCAUCUUACCAAAGGCCAAGUCUACUUAUGAAGUCGGCUCCCAGGAAGGAGCUCUGCAUCUCCCUCCGCCACAGAACAUCCCAGUGCCAAGUUACGGGGCUUACAUGAACACUGAGGUGGGCAGUCCUCAGGAGAGAGUCAUAUGGAAGAGGGAGUUCCAGCUGCCAAGGGGAAUGCCGCCCAAUCAGAGGCCCAUAGCGUGUUUCUACAGUCCAGCUAUGACUGUACAGCAGCCACGCGGAGAUCAGGGGACAAUAACAACGGAGCUGCGACCAAAUGUACCCAUGUACAUGCACCCACAGAACAGCCCCGGGAGGCCGUUCUCUUCCUAUGACUUGAAGGCAGAGUCGACCGUGAGGUACCACUCCAGCUUUCUGCCCACUGGCACCAGCAGUCCACUCGUGGGCGGCAUCAGACCCCAGCGGACGGUGCGCUCCUCAGCCAGCUACACCCUGGGCUUGUCUCCUAACAUGGGACUGAGACCCAGCGUUCCAGAGCCAUACCUCAGACACUCUGGAUGCCCCAACCCUCCUUACCCCAGGCAGGACAGUCCCUCCCAACCCCGACCCUCUCCUACAGGCUCACUAGCGACCAGCCCGCCCGGCACCUGCUCUCCUGCCUUCAGACCCCCGCAUCACCUUUCCCCCCGGCCGCCUCCCGACCCACCAAAGGUGACCCACGAACAGUUCAAAGCCGCCCUGCAGAUGGUGGUGGACAAGGGCGAUCCACGAUCGUACCUUGAGAACUUUGUGAAGAUUGGCGAGGGCUCGACGGGGGUGGUGUGCAUCGCCACGGAGAAGCACAGCGGCAGGGAGGUAGCGGUGAAGAUGAUGGACCUGCGGCGGCAGCAAAGAAGAGAGUUGCUUUUUAACGAGGUGGUAAUCAUGAGGGACUAUCAGCACAGAAAUGUGGUGGAGAUGUUCAAGUCUGCACUGGUGGAGGAGGAGCUGUGGGUAAUCAUGGAGUAUCUGCAGGGGGGAGCACUCACAAACAUCGUGUCUGAGACCAGGCUGAAUGAAGAGCAGAUUGCCACCGUGUGUGAAGCUGUUCUCCAGGCACUGGCAUAUCUCCAUUCACAGGGAGUCAUCCACAGAGACAUCAAGAGUGACUCCAUAUUACUCACGUUAGACGGAAGAGUCAAGCUUUCAGAUUUCGGCUUCUGUGCCCAAAUCAGUAAGGACAUCCCAAAGAGGAAGUCUUUAGUGGGGACGCCGUAUUGGAUGGCACCUGAGGUCAUCUCCAAAUCACCCUAUGGCACUGAGGUGGAUGUUUGGUCCAUGGGAGUCAUGGUGGUGGAGAUGGUUGACGGAGAGCCGCCGUACUUCAGUGAGACCCCUGUAGCAGCUAUGAAGAGGCUGAGGGACGAACCGGCUCCUACUGUACGGAACGUCAGCCAGAUCUCCCCGGUCCUGAAAGACUUCCUGGAUCGUAUGCUGACCCGGGACCCGCUGGAGCGGGCGAGUGCCACCGACCUGCUGGAGCACCCUUUCCUGCUGCAGAGCGGCUCACCUCAGUGCCUGGUCCCGCUGGUGGAGCAGUACCGCAAGCGCAUGUCUCGCUGCUGACCCUCGUGGGGCUCCCAGGCCCCGCCCUGCCCCCCACUCCCCCAACGCCCCCACCUUCAGUCUGACCUGUCCAGGUCCAGGCUCCAGAGAAGCAGACCCAGACUGCGUGACGGUGGCAAGCGGCAAAGGAAGGUUGACAGAUAACCGCAUGGUCUCAGGCAUGAGAGAAGCACUUUAGGAGUCAGUAAAAAAAAGGCAGCAUGCAAAUUCCUCACCUCUCGAUUCGGGGUUCAAACCCCGAGUAUUGAUCGGCUUCCUGUAACUUUUCAGUGGGAUUCAACGACGCGACGCUGUGCAUAUCAGCUGAUAGCAAAAAUCAAUGUUCCACGUAACUCUGCAAGUAUAUAACGAACACGCACUUCUUUCAAGUUCCUUUAUGAAGCUGAAACUUGAGUAGCUCUGUGUGACAUUGUUACGGAAAGGAAGUCACUUCUGCACACUUUCUGCUGUGGGAACUGGACAAUAACAUUUUUCCGUACGAUCCACAAACACUGAGAGGAGACUCUUUGCAUGGCCAAAUGGAGGCAACACCUGGCCUGAUGUGAAUGCUUGAAUAUGAACCAAACUGGGACGUGAGAGAGACGAUGAUUCUCCUUUAUUAGCAUAAUAAAUGGGCAGGUGAAAGCCCAGCUGCUACUAAUGGGCUAUUGGAAGAAUACCAGGACCGUUUUUUCUCCUUUUUCAUAUUUAUUAUUCUUUAUUUCUAUAAACUUUGUCGUGGGUCGUUUGUAUGACGUGAAGUUGCAAAUAAGGUUUCUUUGUUAACUCUGGACUUCAGAUAUAAGCCGACGAACUAAUAAUGUAAAUACUGAACAUUAGGUCCUUAUUUUACCUCCCGAUUCACUGCAGUAAAUUAUUUGAGUUGAAUUCUGAUUUCCUUUACAGAAAUGUGAGCGUAUAGUUAAAUAUGUUUGUGUGCAUGAGUUUACAUGGGUGUGUGUGUGUGUGUGUGGGUGAUUCUGGAACAACCACUCUUUGUAAUGUGACAGACUUUUUAAAAAAAAACACCACAAGGUGUGUGUGUGUGUGUGUGUGUGUGUGUUGUGUACGAGUGUGUUUGCAUUUGUUUGUCUAGAUAAAGCACACAGGCCUGGCAUGUGAUGCUGCAGGGACGUCCACCUGCUGAGAAACACUUUGCACAUCGUCUUUGUAUUCUGACACGGAUACAUGUUGACAUGGUUCAUGUAUUUCUAUCUCUGUGCGUGGGCUCAUUCAUGGAAAGAAGAGAAUUACAUAUUUUAAUUUUGUACAAAUCAAUAAAUGAUGCAUAUUGAA